UUGCCUGACCCACGUCUCACGGGGCACAUCAAUACGACUGUACCGCCACCAAAACCGCUUUCGGUCUUAACCAAAACAGACCAUGGUACCCUGGGCAGGACUGAGCGACAGAAGAGGACGGAAGAUAAGACAGGAGACGAGAGCCUUCCACUCCGCGUGCUAGGAUUCUGUUGGUUGGAAAUCCUAAUUUCUCCUCAGUGAAUCAACCUGCUGCUAGGCUGCUGACCUCAUUUCACCUGUGCGGUGACACAGUGACGGGCGUCCUGACGCGGACUCAUGUGAAUGACAGUUGUUCAUGCGAAAUCGUGACAUGCUGUGUCCUGGCAGCAGACCUGCGCCAACAGGUGUAAUAAGAAGAGAAGAGACACCGAGGUGUGACGCAUCCCAAAACUGCCUCCAGUUUUCAUUCUCUUGUAACUGCCGCCUUCCGAGUCAGGAGGAGGCCGUAUCUGAUUGGAAUGCGGAUCCUGAGUGAUGAAUGAUUCCGGCUGUCAGCCCUGAGGUCUUUUAGGUUUCAGUAAGGUUAGCUCUUGGCAUUUUCAGAGUGUGAGUGAUCUGGGAAGGCACUCUGUUUGUGUUUGUUUGUGUCACCUGACCUGGCAUCUUGGCUCUCUCGCUGGAAGGUGCGUGGACUCAGAAAAAUGUCCUCAUCCUGGAGGAACCCAUUCCAGUGGAACAUUCUCCUGUUGCCGAAGCCACAUCUGCUCCUGCUGCUGACUCUGAUCAGCCUCUGCAGCCUCGUGCCUGCCUCAGCGGGGUUGUGUCGGGUGACCGGGGGCGUGCUAGGCAUCCACUGGAGCAGCGUGGUGGGCCUGGGCUGGCGCCCCCUGGCUGUGGGGCAUGGCGGGCCGCAGUGCUGGGAGUCCUGCUGCCUGGAGCCGGCCUGCAACGCCGUGUGGACGCUGGGCGGCCGCUGCGUGCUGCUGAGCUGCUCUCACCGCGGCGGCUGCUCCAUCACCUCGCUGCCGCAGCCCCACCAGGAGUCCCUGGGCCUGCUGCAGCAGCUCAGCAAGGGCACAACGCACAGGCGACGCAGGCGGCGCCGUGCUACGGCCAGCCACAACGACACAAACACGCAGCAUGUUUCUAAAGGUCAGGCUGCUACCUCCCUGGUUCCGGUCACUCCAGCCAAUGGUGUCGCACUCCCACAGACGGCCAACAGGAGCCUGGACCAGCCCGCCAAUGAGAGUGCGGCAUCCGUGCCGUCUCCUCCCAUUCAGCAGAACUCCUCCUCCUCUCAAGCGACCACAGCAGUGGCCCCAUCCAGUAGCAACGGCAGCGUGCCCAGCUCCGCCCCCAAACCCCAGCCCACGCCACCACCCACUCAGGCUGUGCGGGAGCUGGUGGUGUCCGCUGGGAACAGCGUGGAGGUCACGCUGCCACGGAGCGAGGUGGAGCUCAACGCCUUUGUGUUGCCGGACCCUUCCCCAGGCACAAGCUACACCUUUGACUGGCGCUUGAAGACACAUCCCAAAGACUACAGUGGAGAAAUGGAGGGCAAACGAGGCAAGACCCUCAAGCUCAGCAAGCUGACGGUGGGGCAUUAUGAAUUUGAGGUUAUUGUUGAUGGUGAUGGAGCUCAUGGGGAAGGCUACGUCAAUGUCACGGUCAAGCCAGAGCCCCGUGUCAAUAAACCGCCGGUUGCUGUGGUUUCCCCAAAGUUCCAGGAGAUCUCCUUGCCGACCAGCUCCACAGUUAUAGACGGCAGCCAGAGUACGGAUGAUGAGCGCAUCGUCAAAUGGCACUGGGAGGAGGUCAAGGGUCCCCUCAGGGAGGAGAAGGUCUCUGCUGACACAGACAUCCUCACCCUCACCAAUCUGGUCCCGGGGAACUACACCUUCAGUCUGACGGUGACAGACUCUGACGGUGCACAGAGCUCAACCCAGGCCAAGCUGCUGGUCCACAAGGCCAUGGACUACAAGCCAGUGGCCAACGCUGGUCCAAACCAGGUCAUCACCCUGCCCCGCAACUCUGUCACACUCUAUGGCAACCAGAGCAAGGAUGACCACGAGCCACUCGCCUACGAGUGGUCCCUCAGUCCCAAUAGCAAGGGCAAGGUGGUGGAGAUGCAGGGUGUACGCACCCCCAUCCUUCAGCUGUCAGCCCUGCAAGAGGGCGACUACACCUUCCAGCUCACUGUGACCGACUCAACUGGGCAGCAGGACACGGCUGAGGUCACUGUCAUAGUCCAGCCAGAGAAUAAUAAGCCUCCGGAGGCCAACGCAGGCCCAGAGAAGGAGCUUACCCUCCCAGUGGACCACACCACACUGGAUGGCAGCAAGAGCAGCGAUGACCAGAAGAUCGCCACUUACCACUGGAGACAGACAAAGGGGCCAGAUGGGGUGAAGAUUGAGAAUGCAGACAGUGCAGUUGCCACGGUGACCGGUCUGCAAGUGGGUGUGUAUGACUUCACCCUGACCGUCACGGACGAGAGGAACUUGAAGAGUUCCGACACCGUCAACGUCAUCGUCCGAGAAGAGGUGGACAAAUCUCCAGUUGCAAAAGUUCUGUCCAGUGCCGCUGUCUCCCUCCCGGUGCGAACUGCCAUACUGGAUGGAUCCCGAUCCUCUGAUGAUAAAGGAGGCGUCACCUACCUGUGGACCCGAGACGACAGCAGCCCAGCGGCCGGGGACGUGCUCAAUAACUCCGACCACCAGGCAGUGCUGUUGCUCGGGAACCUGGUGGAGGGGAAGUACACCUUCACCCUGACCGUGACUGACAGCAAGGGUCAAAGCAGCACAGAUCACGGCAGCGUGGAGGUCAAACCAGAUAUGUGGCAGCAUGACCUGGUCGAGCUGCUGCUAGAGGUGUGUGUGUCUCAUGUGACCCACCGCCAGCGAGAAAUGCUGCUGCGGCAGGUCGGGGUGCUAUUGGGCGUGCUCGACAGUGACAUCAUUGUCAGAGAGAUAAGCGCCUACAAUGAGCUCAGCACGCGGUUGGUGUUUCUGGUGUCCGGGGGUCCGGGUCGUCCACCCCUCUCUGGGCACAGCGUUGCCAUGGGUCUGCGGAACAAACUCCACAAGCAGAAGAAUGACUUCCUGAUCUUCAAAGCCCGGCGGGUUGACACCGUCAUCUGCCAGCUGAAUUGCUCGAACCAUGGUGAGUGUGACUCGUUCACACGGAGGUGUGUGUGCCACCCUUUCUGGAUGGAGAACUUCAUCCGCACACAACUUGGCGAUGCCGAGAGUAACUGUGAAUGGAGUGUGCUAUAUGUUACAAUAGCAGCAUUCAUGAUUGUAGUUGCCAUAGCAACACUGGUUUGGGGUAUUGUGUGUUGUUGUCGCAGGCGUAAAAGCAGAGUGCGGCGGAAGAGUCGUUAUAAGAUGCUGGAGGCCGAUGAACAGGAUACCUUAGAGCUGCACGCACCCAGAGCCGUUCGGGUCAAGGCGGCUCCUCCCCCCUCUUCCUCUGCGCUUAUGCGCUCUGACUCCGAGCUGGACAGUGACGACGCUCAGGGGGUCACGCCCUGGACUGAGCGGGAACGGGAGCGGGGCCAGUUGCUGCGGCCGCAGAAUGGAACCCUGAGGAACGGCCAGGGCCCUGUCCGAGCCAAGAAGUCGCAGAGGGAGGAGCUGCUAUAGCAGUGGCUGCCGUAGCCACACACGCUGACCCCAUACAGCUGACUCUGAGGGAGGGUUGGACUUUGGUGUGGUUCCUGUGGUCCCCCCACACACACACUGAGCCAGGGGCAGCUCCUCCAUGCCCCAGAUCUGGGAGAUUCUUGCUCUGCCCCCUGUAACCUCAGACUGCGGAACGAGUGACCCAAGGGGAGCACAGAGAAGCAAGAUGCUAGAAGUAGCAUACACACAUACACACCGCUGUACCGCACCUGUACACAUACCUCAAGCAUGCAUACACCAGUUCACUUCCACAAAACUGGCUCUGUCU